AUGGCUUUUCAGAAAUCACCCUUCCUCCUAUUUUAUUUACCUGAUGACUGUUGGGAGCAUGUCUUCAAAUUUCUCAUCAUCUGCGGCGAAGGUGAAACCGAAAACAAACAGAAACUCUACUUUAAAUCUCUAUCUCUCGUCUCUAAACGAUUUCUCUCCAUCACCAAUAAACUCGUAUUCUCUAUCACCAUUUUUGAUCAUUCAUCUCGUUUUCUCCCUAGUUUCUUCCAUAGAUUCCCCAACCUUAAUUCCCUUCACCUCCACUUCGGCUCCAGUCGUCUCGACUCAACCAUUGCUUUGACUCUCCGUGACAGACCAACAUUGAAAUUUUUAUCCAUUUUCAAUAUUGAGCUAAACGAUGCAAAUGGCAUUACUUCACAAUACAUCGAUUCCCUCGUCACUUUGAAGGGUUUGAAUAUUCUUAAGUUCUGUUAUUCACAUAUCUCAGAUGAUUUGCUGUAUUCUAUUGCAAAGGAAGUUCUUCCUUUGAAGAACUUUGUUCUCAAGAAUUGUAUCGGCUAUAGUUAUGAUGGAAUUUAUUAUUUGUUAUCCAAAUGUCCAAAGAUACAACAUUUGGAUUUGCAUCAAGCUGAUUUCUUAAGGUAG